AUGCAACAUCAGCUGGUGAUAAAUGAGCUGUUCGAUGAGACUGAUGAUAAUGAUUAUGGAGGGAUGGAUUGCAACCUGUAUAAUUCAAUUGUAAAUUUUAAAAAAACUGGCAAGUAUCCUACAAUGAUAGAAGACCACCAAAAGAUGAGUCGAAAUGCUUUGUUCCAUUGGAGAAUGAGAUGCGCAAAGUUCAUGCUGAGUUCGAAGGACACUUUACUGUAUGUUGACAAGCAGAAUUCGAAAAGUGGCCGUGUAGUUGUGAAGCGAGGAGAAGUGAAAAUUGCUAUAAAAGUUGUUCAUGAAAGAAAUGGUCAUGUUGGGCAGAAGCAAACUCAGAAUUUGAUAUCUCGUAAACUGUACUGGCAUGGAAUGCGGAAAGAUGUGGCUAGAUACAUUAAUGAGUGCUCGUUUUGUCAAACAUUAAAAGCAAUUAAAAAACCGAAGGAUAUUUGUUUGAAUCUUCCAAACGAGGAAGUUCGAAUUCUGGACAGAUUACAACUAAAUAUCAACGUUUCUAAUAUAACUAAUCUGACACCAAAUUUCAUAAGCGGGAAAAUAACACCUUCCAAUAAGGAAACAAACAAUGAUAUUGAAACCAUGUAUAGCAAAUGUAAUCAGAAAUAUAAUAAGAAAAUGAGUAUGACCUUGAAUACCGAACCGCUGGGUAUAGACAGUAUGUUGGUCUCGGCACAUCAACAAAGUGAUGAGAUGACAACUCCUUGGUUGGGUUUCAGUGAGUAUGACUGUCAAUUUAAAGAAGAAUAUCCCGAAAACAGAUUAAAUGAGCCGAGGAAAAGAAAAUUUUCAGAAACGGCCCAAGAGCAAGCAUCGGGGAUCAUUUACCAAGAUCAUGUAGGUAUUUCGGAUGAUUUCCCGGAAGACGAAAACUUCAUUGAAAACAAUUCAGAAGAUUACAGUGUUGACCCUACUCAAGGAACUCAACCCUUCAUAGUUCAGGCUGUUGACAAAGAUGUAAUCAAGUUACAAAAGCAUGUUUUAGUAUUGCAGCAGGAGGUGCUACUUUUAAAGAGGGAGUACUUGAAAAAAAAACUCGACAGAUUGGGUUCAAAUGAAUCUUUACUGAACAUUAUUGAUUGA